AUGAGAAGAGUGAUCGAAGAAGUGGGAAUAAUCGGCGUGAAAUUGGCCUAUGACAGUGGAGAUUUCUUUCAUUCGGCACAGGAAUCAUUUGAAGAUCUUAGCAUUAAUGUGUAUGCAGAUGAUCUUGUGGCAAUGUGUGAUAAUGCUGCUGAUUUAGAAUCGUUUGUACGAGCAUUUGAAAAAGUUACACAAGAACUUAGUUUAACAAUGAGCAUUAAAAAGACCUGUAUAAUGUCUCUUAAGCAGCUUAAAGAAGGUGCAGCACGAAAAAUCAUUAAAGAUCAGGAAGUUGACACGUCCGAUAUUGACAUCAUCAGUCGCAAUCAAAAAAUAGACAUCGUCGAAUUCGCUGCCUAUCUCGGAUGUUUUGUUUGUAGGAACCAUUUUCCAGAAAAGGAAAUAGAAACGAGGAUAACGAAGGCCUCAGUAGCUUUCAACAUGCUUCGAAAUGUGAUUUGGUAUCGAAAAACUGUAGCGGUUGAAGCAAAAUUAAGCAUCUUCCGGUCAUGUAUUAUACCAGUUUUAUUGUAUGGCAGCGAGGUUUGGUCUAUAACGUUGGCCCGUGAAAAACGGUUAAACACAUUGUAUAUGGCUUGUUUACGAACAAUCAUCGGUGUCAAUUUAGGUGACAGAAUGUCCAAUGAAAAACUGUUAACAUUUACAGGACAACCACGGCUGGAAAACAUUAUGAGAAGAAAUAGGUUGAGGUAG